CGACCACCGACAGCUCGCCAUGCCGCCUCGCGUCUUUCUUCUUCGCCACGGCGAAGCGCAGCACAAUGUCGGACCGCCCUUUCCCCCGCCCGACCACGCGCAACUCGACCCGGAGCUCACGAGCCGCGGCGUGACGCAGUGCAUCGCGAUCCCGACGACGUACCCGACCUUCUUCUCUUCCCUCAACCCGGCCGACACGGUCAUCCUCGUCUCGCCGCUGCGUCGCACCCUCCAGACGAUGCUCCUCGGCUUCUCGGCGCACCUCCCCUCGUCGACCAACAGCAAGCCGAUCCCGGUCGUCAUCCUCCCGCAGCUGCAAGAGUGCGGCGCCUUUCCCUGCGACACGGGCGCCCCGCUCGCCGAGACCAAGGAGCGCUUCCCGCAGCCGUGGCUCGACUGGUCCGAGGUCGAGCGCAACGUCGAGUGGAACCGCAACGAGGGCGUGUUCGAGGCGACCGAGGAGAAGAACGUGGCGAGGGCGCGCUGGGUCCGCCACUUUAUCCGCUCGAGGCCAGAGAAGCAGGUCGUCGUCAUCAGCCACCACGGCCUCUUGCGGCGCAUCGUCAAGGCCCCGCACGCGCACGACCGCCUCAAGUCGCCGAUCCAGUGGCAGAACGCGGCCCUGCGCGAGUACCAGUACGCCGACCCGACGCUCGCCGACCCCGAGGCCGACCUCGUGCGCAUGCCCGACGAGGUGCGCCGCGAACCGUCGCCGCCGCACGUGUCGUGAGCCCGCCUCAGCUCUUCCUCGGAUCUCUUCCUCGUCGUCGCCCUCGACCACCUCCUCGCCUCAUUCCGCCACUGCCUCGCCUUGUCCAUAGCCCUAAACUCGCUCCCACUCCGCCUCCCCCUCGACCUCCCGUCCUCGCUGCACAUACCCCUCCCCUCUCCCUCCCACCUCCGCAACCUCCCUCUCUCGCUCAUCCACCUGUUGUGCCACCCUCAGUCACCCUCGCCGCCGCACCCCUCCCUCGUCCGAAAAUGGCAGCCCUGCAGUGCAACGCCACCGCUCCCUCACUCGG